AUGCUGCUGCUGCCGGCGGCGGCAGACUCACCUCGUUACUUGCCUUAUAUUGGCUUUCCCACUCCCAAGUCCGACAAGUCUUCUGUUCCUCUUCCCCACAAGCACUCCCUCUGCCUUGCCCCCUCCCUCCCUCCCUCCCCUGGCGUCCUUAUCCGUUCGAGCAUGCGCACUGAGGCGCCCCGGCGCAGUUACCAUUGGCUAGCAAGAAAGGAGGAACAGAGAAAAUUUACUCUGGAGCGCCAACUAUCGGCCGCUGCAAAGCAGGGAAAGGAGAUCCCAUCCCCCAACCAUUCGAACAAGGCUGAGGUUAAAUAG